CACGUCACCAUCGGCCCGCAGCUCCCGCCCUGGAAAAAAAUGGACGGCCGAGGGCGGGUCCCGUCUCCGACAUGCACCGCUCGCGUUCCGGCCACCUGACUCGGUCUCCGGCGCGAGAUCCCGCACGCAUUUUCAGUCUCCGUCUGUCGCGUCUCCGGCGUUGCUGAAGAAGAAGCCGAAAGGAGGGGGAAGCGCGAGAGAGAAAGAAAAGCAAAAAAAGCUUCUAUAAAAAAAAGGAAGAGGAAGAGACGAGCGGCUUGAGGCGAAACGAGAGAGAGGGGGGAGGGCUUCGCCCAUCGCCGGCGAGGGCGGCGCCCGAGGAGGAGGAGGAGGUCGGGACGGCGGCCAACCGUGAAGCGGGAACGAGGCGGCUUACGAAGGGGGUGAAAACGGGGCAGACGGCGUCGAUCGAAGAGGCUAGGGUUUGCAGGGGGAAAGAGAGGGGAGCCGGCGGCGGAGGAGGGAGUAGAGAGGUUGGGGGGGACGGCGGCGGCGGCGGCGGCGGCGGCGGCGCUGUCGGAGGAGCCUUGGAGCUCGCGGCGAGUGAGCUGGUAUGGAGCGACUAUUUGAAGUCGGCCAAGAGGCCGAGAUGAGAUCUUUCAGUCCUGGUUUCCGGGGUGCUUGGUUCCGUUGUAAGAUAAAGAGGAUUACAAAGAGACAAGGGAGCCUAGAGUUGGCUUUGGAAUACAUUGAUUUUCCAGAUGAAAAAAUAUCCAGGACUAAAGUAUAUCAAAUGCCACCCCACUCUUCUGUUGAUGCUAAGAUGAAGAGGAAGAAACAAUUGAUGGUGCGCCCUCGCUUUCCUUCCGUCUAUCAUAGAAGUGAGAUGCCCAAUGUCAGAUCUAUCUCAGAGGUGGCAGUCACUGUUGAUGACGACUGGAAGGUGGGAGAUAUGGUGGAUUGGUGGACUGAUGGCUGUUAUUGGUCUGGAAGAGUAACAAAAGUGUUGGCGGACAAAAAGUUCCAGAUUGAGUUACAUCCUCCUCCAGCUGGUGAAGGACAAUCUUAUGAAGCUUCGUCGAAGGAACUAAGGCCAUCUUUGGAUUGGUCUUUCGAAAAUGGUUGGAAGGUGUGUUCAUUACAUUGUGCUCAGUUGAUCAAGCCUCUCAAUGAAGUUUCAGGUAGAUCGUUACCCCCUGCUGAUAUGCCCAGGCUACAAGAAGUGCCUUUGAAUAUAAAGGCCCUUGAGAAAUCACCUCCGGAGACACACACAAAUUCCGAGAGAUCACCAACAGAGAAAUAUGAGAAUUCUGCAGUGGCCAGCAGUGGCCUUGGAAAGGCCAAUAGCUGUGAUGGUGUUUCUAGUUUCAGUGUAAGGGUUGCAUCAGCAGAAAUGGAAGUGAGUGUUAGUGAGGAAAACCAUGAAUCUGAUCUUCACCGUCCAAAGAAGCUGAAAAGUGAUGAUCACACACUGUUAAAUUCAAUGUUCUCUGAUACAUUGGAAGAUGCGAUUAUAGACCUCGAGGAACUUGCAAACCGGGUGAGAUGGCUCAAAGAGAUUUUAGAGUUCGGAGGGCAUCCAUCAAAGAAUUCAAAACCUUCAUGGAGGUUCUCAGAGCUUCGUGCAUCGGCCACUCCAAAAUAAGCACAUCAUUGAAGGAUAACUUUGAUACCUUCAAGAUGGGGUCACUUUGCUGAACCUACUGGAUCCCAAAAUUUUUUGAGUUGUGCUUUAGUCGAGAUGAUGCCCAAACUUAUUGGAAACAGCGCGGCUUUUUUUUUGAAGAUGCAGCUUGUGAGCCCCACCUUCCUGGAGAGUUUGCUCGGAUGAUGUUACGUUUCAUGGCUUUGUGCCGCUACACAAAUGAACUACUUCUGGACUUCCAGGCCAUCUUUUUUUUCUAGUUUUUAAUGGAAGGGUCUUGAGCAAUGGGAGUCCAUUUUACAGCCAGGGCUCUAUGCAUCUUGUAAGAAGCAAAAUAGGUUGGCCGUCUGUUUACUGGUAACGCCUGUUCAUUGUCUUGGGGGAUUCUGAGUUGGACGACGGCGAAAAAAUUGCGACAUCGAUAUUGAAUUUGUAGUGCUCUCGCUACAUUUAAUCACUCA